AUGGACGCUGGGCAGGCCAAGCAGGAGGCAUGUGUGCGAACAGCAGUGGGACUCCGACGCGCAGCAGGCUCGGGGAAGCAGGAGAGUUUCCGGGUCGUGAAUGAAGACUCCAGCCGGCUGAUUUUCGUAGAUAAGGCAGACAAGGACAUUCAGGAGGGCUGCUUCACGUUCGACGGCAUCUUUAGUCUGGACACGGGGCAGGACGAGGUGUUCUCGGAGCUGGUGAGACCCCUGCUGGCCAUGGUGCCCCUUGGCUACAGCGUGUCCCUGCUGCUGUGGGAGGCCCAUCAGGCCGGGACCAAGCUGCAGCCUCAGGGCACUGGGCAGCACCACAGCAUCAUCCAACAGGUGAUAGAAACCUUCUUCCAGGAGCCCAAGCCCCCAGGGGAUGGCAGGGAGCAUCUGCAAACUGUCAGCUUUGUCCAGCUUUGUGCAGAUGGAAAUGCCCGGGACCUGCUCAGCCCCAGAAAUCAAGCCCUGCACGUGCUGGAUGUCCCCCCGCUGGGUCUGAUGGUGGAAGAGGCAAGUGAAAUUGUUGUGUCCAACUCUACAGCUGCCUACAGCUUCUAUGUGAGGGGGCUGGAGGACAGUCCAGCACUGUCCCAAGGUUGUUCGCAGCAGUCCCAGGUGGAGCGGCAAGGAGCCACGUGCGCCAGCCUGUUCACCCUCACCGUGGAGCAGGAGCUGGAGGGCUGCAGGCGCCAACGCUCGGCUGUCAGGAUUUUGGAGUUCCCCCGAGGGGCUGGGCCCUGUGUGGAGCCUCUCUCACCCCUGCUCCAAGCUCUGGCUCCUGGUGAGCUCCCGGACAAUGCAGGAUUCCUCCCCUGGAUUCUCAAGCGGACACUAGAAGGAAACAACCUCACGUUCCUGCUGCUGUGUUUGACCCUGCCAGAUGCCUCUGGAGAAGAGAUCCUGUCAGCCCUCUCGCUGGCUGAGCAGGUGAGGGGACUGGCCAAGAAGGUCUCACCAACCCACUGGGAUCCUGCCAAAGCAGCUUGGAGGCAGAGGGCAGAGAUCCGAGAGCUGAGGGCCCAGCUCCUCUCCAGCAGCAGCCGCACAGUGCAGGAAAGUGUGAUCAGCCAGCUGAGGAGAGUGCUGAGGGACCUGCAGGUGCUGAAGAACCAGAGCUGGGAGAAAAAGAAAGAGAUGUCGGAGGCAUUUGAAGGAAGUGGGAGCUGUCAUCCUGAAGCCAAGGGUCGAAUCCCAGUGUGGCUGGGCAGGGACGAUCAGCUUACAAACCAGGUGCUGACAGAUAUCCUGAGAAGCCAAGAGUUCCUGGACAGAGGCAACUCCAAGCCAGAUGGAGACGUCCCAGGGUUUGUUCCCCUCUGUAAUGACAAAGGAGGCGAAGCUGCCACAAGUAGCCCUGGGUGGUUUGGCCGAAUCCCCCCGAGCAUGGGAGCAGUGACAGGGGAGAAGCCUUUGCAAAGUGGAGCCAGCAGAACACAGGAACCAACCUGCACUGCUAGUGUGACCGGCGCGGUGGGGAGCUGGGCCUCUCAGCAGCACCCGGCUCUGGAGCUGCAGUUUGCCAUGGCCAAGGCCAGGAGGCAGUGUCUGCGGGAGCAGCACCAGCGGCUCAUCCAGCAGGAACUGCUGAAGCUGGAGGAGGAGCUAGCAGGGAACCAGGAGCGGGACGUGUGGUGCUGGCCCAAGGAGAAGGCAGUGCUGGCCCUGCAGCUGGAAGCACUGCGGAAGGAAUGGGCCGAGGCGGAGAAGGACCUGGAGGCACUGUACCAGCAGCACAGACUGGAAGCGGAGGCUCAGAAACAACAUGUGCUACAGGUGUUUCGGGCCUAUCGGGGUCUCUCUGAGGAGCAGACUGAUGCGCUGAAUCGACGGUACCGGAAGCUGCUGCAGGAGGCCCUCCAGGACGCCAUCUCCCUGUCUGCUCAGAACCAGCAGCUCCGGGCACACAGCCAGCUGGGCUGCACUGAUCGCGCCACACAGACAGACCCGCUCUCCUGA